GCUACCAGUCCCAAGACCUGGUCAGGUUCUUGGCCUGGUUGGAACAAAUGGCAUUGGGAAAUCAACAGCCCUCAAAGUUCUGGCUGGGAAGUUGAAACCUAAUUUGGGGCGCUUUAAUAAUCCACCUGAUUGGCAAGAGAUCUUGACCUACUUCCGAGGAUCUGAACUCCAGAAUUAUUUUACUCGUAUUCUGGAAGAUAACUUAAAGGCAAUAAUCAAACCCCAGUAUGUUGACCAUAUUCCAAAGGCAGUCCAAGGUAAUGUUGGUCAAGUGCUUGAUCAAAAAGAUGAAAGAGAUAUGAAACAAGAUCUCUGUGAGGAUCUUGAGCUGAAUCAAGUGUUGGACCGUAAUGUGGGAGAUUUAUCUGGUGGAGAGCUUCAAAGAUUUGCCAUUGCAGUUGUUGCCAUACAGAAUGCAGAAAUAUAUAUGUUUGAUGAACCCUCUAGUUACCUUGAUGUUAAACAGAGGCUUAAGGCUGCCCAAGUUGUUCGAUCUUUGCUCCGACCUAACAGCUAUGUGAUCGUUGUAGAGCAUGAUCUCAGUGUUCUGGAUUACUUAUCAGACUUCAUCUGCUGUCUAUAUGGGAAACCUGGUGCAUAUGGUGUUGUGACUCUUCCAUUCUCAGUACGAGAAGGAAUUAAUAUAUUUUUGGCUGGAUUUGUCCCCACGGAAAAUCUACGGUUCAGGGAUGAAUCUCUCACUUUUAAGGUAGCUGAGACUCCACAGGAAAGUGCUGAGGAGAUUGAGACCUAUGCACGAUAUAAAUACCCAACUAUGAGUAAAACUCAGGGUAAUUUUAAGCUUAAGGUGAUUGAGGGCGAAUUUACUGAUUCUCAGAUUAUUGUAAUGCUCGGUGAAAAUGGGACUGGAAAGACAACAUUCAUCCGCAUGCUGGCUGGUUUACUAAAGCCUGAUACCGUGGAGGGUUCUGAUGUGGAGAUCCCUGAGUUUAAUGUUUCUUACAAGCCUCAGAAGAUCAGCCCUAAAUUUCAGAAUACCGUGAGGCACUUGCUACAUUCAAAAAUUCGUGAUUCGUACAUUCAUCCUCAGUUUGUAUCAGAUGUCAUGAAGCCUCUCCAAAUUGAGCAAUUAAUGGAUCAAGAAGUUGUAAAUCUCUCUGGUGGAGAGUUACAAAGAGUUGCCCUAGCUCUUUGCCUUGGGAAGCCUGCUGAUAUAUAUCUCAUUGAUGAACCGAGUGCAUAUCUUGACUCCGAGCAACGUAUUGUUGCUUCAAAAGUCAUAAAGAGGUUCAUACUUCAUGCGAAGAAGACAGCAUUUGUGGUUGAGCAUGACUUCAUAAUGGCAACAUACCUAGCAGAUCGUGUCAUUGUCUAUGAGGGAAGGCCUUCCAUAGAUUGUGUUGCUAAUUCACCUCAGUCAUUGUUGACUGGAAUGAACUUGUUCUUAUCUCACCUUGACAUUACAUUUAGAAGGGAUCCGACUAAUUACCGUCCAAGAAUCAACAAGCUGGAUUCAACUAAGGACAGGGAGCAGAAGUCUGCUGGAUCCUAUUAUUAUCUUGACGAUUAAUUUGUACACGGUUGUGCACAUGUGCUUGAUUCCUACUUUGAUAUGCUCCCAGAUGCUGAUAGAAGGUGACCUUUUAUUGGGUGACGCUACUCAGAAGGGCUGUUUAUCCCUGCAUGCACUGUCCUUUGAUUUUGAAAGUGCAAUCUAAUAGCAAGUGCUUUUCUGAUGAAGAGAUCACUUGGAAGCAUAUAAGCAUGGGGCCCCUUGGAUGGACAGAGCUUUUGUACUGCCUGCUCGAGUCCAUUUAAUAUGCUUCAUUUACUUUUUUAUUACACCUUUAAAUACGAGUCUGCCUCCUUUUGCCUCUGCUGGUUGAAAUAGGCUUUGGAGUAAAAAUUUUUUUUUUUUUUUUGGAUAUUCCGGCUUAUCUGCUGUUGUAGUAAAUGAUAUGAGAACACCCAUUGGAGAGAAGCUAUGGGAUGAGGGAUAUUGUAUUGUGGCUUUUUGACAUAAUUUAUAAUCGCUUUGGUUAGUGUCUGCA